GGAAAGGGGCGGAACCGCUGCAGGCGGCGACGUCCUCUGACGCGCAGGAGCGGGAUAUAUGAUACUAUGAUUCUGCUGUGGGUCCUCACGACCCAAUUUUAAUAGUUUUGUUAAUAUAUUUUUUUUUAAUUUGCGAAUACAAAAAAUGUCGUCUUUACUGCAAAAAGUCAUCUCUUAUGUGUAAUGUAAUGCUUUUUUUUGACCACUGGAUGUCGACAUAGAGCCUGGAAAGCCGGUCAAAGUAAGUGUGACACCUAGCGGUAAUUACAAUAUUUAUUGUUAAAUCAAUGUAAAAAAAAAAUAAAAUUAAAAAUGUAAUGACUUGUACUUUUUUAUGAAUUUGGAUCUCUUUAGAGCAAACAUGUUCAUAUGGUUUGCUUUUAUAACACUCUAAGUAAUUGCGCAAGUGCAAUUACUGGCAUAAAUUACUGCGAAUGGGGAAGCGGGGGGGGAGUGACCAAUGACAGUUUGAUGAUCGUUGCUGUAAUUGGUCCUACCUUGUUGCCAAGCCAUUUCCAAAACAAAGAAGUGUGUGUUUAUGUCCAGGGGAGUCGGGGGGGGAAGUGACCAAUGACAGUUUGGUGAUCGUUGCUGUAAUUGGUCUUACUUUGUUGCCAAGCUGUUUCCAAAACAAAGAAGUGUGUGUUUAUUAUCUGGUGCGAACCCUGAGGAGUGGGUUACUUGGAAUUCAAUCAUGGCAAGGUACAGUGCUCAGGAGGUCGUCGACUUCGUUACGGGUGAGGAAACCAGCAGCUCCGAUGAGGAUAGUGUACAGCCCAGCAGUACAACACAGGAGGUUGAAGAGAUCUGCGCCGAGGACGAGAUCUUUCCCUCCCGCAAAAGCGAAGUAACAUGGACAACCAGAGCAGAAGAUCGUGCUGCAGGUAGACUGCCAGCACGACACAUCCUGAGGACACCUCCAGGACCAACGAGGCAGUGCGUGUCACAGGAAGGGGACAUUAUAUCUGCCUUCAAAGCUUUCCUGCCUAGAUCAAUAGAGAGCAUCGUUGUCAGCAUGACAAAUAUAGAAGGCAGAAAGGUUUACUAGCAGCUGGGUGGACAUGACAACUGUUGAAUUGGAUGCCUUCAUCGGCGUCUGCAUUCUAGCAGGCGUAUUCAAGUCCAAAGGAGAGUCCGUCGCCAGCCUUUGGGAAUCGAAAUUUGGGAGACCAAUCUUCCCAGCGAUCAUGAGCAGGGUGCGGUUUGAGCAGCUGACAGUGGCCCUAAGGUUUGACGACAAUGGAUCGUGGGCAAGUAGAAGAACGGGUGACAAGCUCGCACUUAUCAGAGACAUCUGGGACCUGUGGUCAGGAAAUCUCCCUGCGAUGUACAAUCUUGGCCACGACUUCACAGUGGACGAGUGCCUGGUACCAUUCAAAGGACGCUGCUCCUUCAGGCAAUAUAUGCCUCGCAAGCCCGGGAGGUACGGACUAAAAAUCUGGGUGCUGUGCGACGCCAGGACGAGCUACUGCUGGCGAGUGAAGCUGUACACGGGGAAGCCUCCGGGGGAGGCACGGGAGGUCAAUGUGGGUAAAAAUGUGGUGCUGGAACUGGCUGAGGGGCUGAGGGGGCACAACAUUACUCUUGAUAAUUUUUUCACCUCCUUCAGUCUGGGACAGGAGCUCCUCAAGCGCAACAUGACGAUGGUAGGCACUGUGCGCCGAAAUCGUCCAGAGCUGCUGCCUGCCCUGCUAGCAGCUAAGGGCAGGCUUGUACACUCUUCAUAGUUCGCAUUUUCCCAAGGCACCACACUGGUGUCUUACAUGCCAAAAAAAAACAAAAACGUGAUUCUCAUGAGCACGUUCCACACCAAGCCAAAUAUAAGCCAACGGCAAGACAAAAAGCCAGAAAUUAUAAUGUUUUACAACAAAACGAAGUCAAGGGUUGACACCAUGGACCAGCUCAUUUCCAACUAUUCCUGCAAAAGGGAAACCCCUCGCUGGCCCCUUGCAACGUUUUACAAUAUGCUGGACAUUUCGGCGCACGAUGCCUACUUCGUGUGGCGGGAGGUCAAUCCUUGAUGGAGGACAGGAUCGAAAAGGAGGCGCAGGGUGUUCCUGCAAGAGCUAGUCGAAGCCCUAAUCGCUCCCACUGUUCUGCAGCGAACGCGUCUUCCUCGUUUAGGGACGCCCAGCUCAGCCAAUCACAACCCGGUCCAGUCCCGCCUCCCCUGGAAGCGAAAUCUAAGAGAGAGAAUUGCAGCCUGUGCCAUUAUUCUGCUGACCGCAAAACGAACGCGCUGUGUCGCCAGUGUGGGGCACAAGUGUGGAAAGAGCAUUAUAGCAUUUUCUGUAAAAAAU